AUGGAUUUAAGCACAAUUCGACUCCAAGGCCCAUCGGGGAUUACAAAAGCAAAUAAGCAAGGUCGUCGACCUGGCAAGAUAGCCUGCGUGGCCUGCCACACCCGGAAAAAGCGAUGUGACAUCUCCCCACCAUAUAAACAGUGCACCCACUGCCGCAAAGAAGGUCAAGCCUGCAUCCCGCGAGAUUCAAUUGACAGACUUACUCGGCAACAAUUGUCCAACCGCAACCACAACAGCCAGAAAGCUUGUAAUAAACACGAACCUCAACUCCAGCUCAACAGCUAUCUGCCAGAAGAAACCGAUCACGAUAUACCCCCUUGGAGCUCGAUGUAUUCGUUCUACUCCGAGAUGCGCCGGCUACUACCUUCCCUCACUUCUACUUCUACUUCUACUUCUACUUCCACUUCCCCACAUUCGCCUGGAAUUGGAGGAGGCAUUACACACUGCCAAACUGCACAAAAUGAGAGAAGGCGGGAUGUGUAUUCGUCAGUGCUGGAUUCUCCCGGGAGCUUUGAGUCUGAUCUUUUAUAUACGGAUUGUGUGGAGGUGAAGGGGAUCAGCAUACCUGCUUCUCGGUCCCAGUCUCGGUCUCUGUCUCCGAUGCCUGCAGAGACAAGGAUUGGGUGGGAGAACGCGCUGGCUCGCGAAGCUGAAAUUCUCAAUGGGGGCCUUGCUUCACCGGAGGAAGAGAGAGUUCCUGAAGACCCUAUUUCUGCCUAUAAUAGUUUUAUGAAUGAUCUCGAUGCAUUGCUUAGAUUUUGA